AUGGCGUUGUUGGCGAUUCGCCAUGUUGUGUGGGCGGCCGUGAGGGGCACCACACCUAAUGUCAGUAAUGAUAUUGUUGGCGAUACGCCGUAUAGAGUGGACGGCCGUGAGGGCACCACGCUUAACGCCGGUAAUGGCGUUGUUGGCGGUUCGCCAUAUGGUGUGGGCGGCCGUGAGGGCACCACACCUAAUGUCAGUAAUGACAUUGUUGGCGAUACGCCGUAUAGCGUGGGCGGCCGUAAGGGCACCACACCUAAUGUCUGUAAUGACACUGUUGGCGAUACGCCGUAUAGUGUGGACGGCCGUGAGGGCACCACACCUAAUGUCGGUCAAGACAAAAGCUCUCGUGUAGAGCGUACCAUGGUUGGUAGUAACCAUGGGGAUAAUAUUGUCCCGACCCCUAAGGGGUGUAAGGUCUCGAAGAGACAAUCGAGACGCCGAGUAGCAGCUGUAAAGCGCCAGGCGUCCUCAUAG